GCAUGACUUCCUGUUGGGACUGAGAAGGAACAAGAUCCAGAGGCAUUUCAUCCACUGAGCUGCCUGACUCCAAAAGCAACUGAAUUUUGCUAGGAACAAGAUCCAGAAGCAUUUCAUCCACUGAUCUGCCUGACCUCAAAAAUCUGAUUCCUCAUCUCUCAGCCAUAAAAUGAGCGCAGAUAUAUACAAGCUUCUCUUCUUCAUCAGCGAGGAACUGGACUCGGAAACCCUGAUGGCUCUGAAGUUUCUGAGUCUGCAGUACAUCCCAUUGAAGAAUCAGGAAGACAUUCAGGAUCCCAAGGAUUUCUUCCAAAAGCUCCAGAACAAGAGACUGAUAGAGGAAGACGAUCUGUCCUUCUUAAAGGAGCUACUGUUCAGAGUAAACCGCAUAGACCUCCUGACUGGUAAACUGAGCUCCAGCAGAGACGAAAUGGAGAGGGAGCUUCAAAUCCCAAACAAGGCAAAAGUUUCACCAUAUAGGCAACUACUUUACAGAAUCUCUGAAGAAAUAACUAGUGAAGAAGUUGCCAGUGUAAGAUUCCUGCUGCAAAAGGAACUACCGAAGAAGAAGCUUCAGGACAAUGCUACCAUAUUGAAGCUCUUUAUAGAAAUGGAAAAAGCUGGGAUAAUGAAUGAAACCAAACUGAAGGUGCUGAAGAGUAUUUUACGGGACGUUAGACCUGACCUGGCGCAAAAAAUUAAUACCUACGAAGUAGAAACACAAGCCCCAGAUGAAUUGAUCACAAGCUUGGAACCUCCUUUUCAGAGCCUGACAUUUAGCGAAGGUCAUAUUCACCAGGAAGUUCCCUGCCCUAAAACAUGUGCGUUUGUAGGCCCAGGUGAAUCGGGAGCAAAGGAAGCAGUGUCAGUGUCAAAGCUCGAGAACCCCUACACAAUGGAGAAUAAUCCUCAUGGCUAUUGUGUGAUACUGAACAACUCUGAUUUUAAAAAUCCUGAUGAAACCAGGAAAGGCACAGACAAAGAUGCUGAGGCUCUGAAACGGGUUUUUGAGUGGCUGCAGUUUGAGACAAUUGAGCACCGAAACCUAGAAGCAGAGGAAAUCUGUAAGACAAUCAAAAAGUAUAGCAGCAUGGACCAUAGCAACAUGGACUGUUUCAUUUGCUGCUUGCUCUCACAUGGCGAAAAGGGUAAAGUACGUGGGACAGAUUGGAAUUCUGCAGCCAUCAAAGAUCUGGUCUCUUGCUUCACUGGAUCUGAGUGCCCCUCGCUCGCUGGCAAACCCAAACUCUUCUUUAUUCAAGCCUGCCAAGGUAUGACAGGGCAGAAAAGUAUCCCAGUGAAAGAAGAUUCUUCUCGACAGCUGGAGGCAGAUGCUUUACCCUUGCCUUCCAUUCCUGACUGGGCUGAUGUCCUCAUUGGUAUGGCUACAGUGGAAGACUUUGAGUGCUACAGAUACAUAGAGAGAGGCAGCGCGUUCAUUCAGUGCCUCUGCAAGGAAAUAGAGUCUUUCUGCCCACAGUGCGUGGAUCUGCUGACCAUCCUGACACAAGUCAACAAAAAAAUGGGAGAAAAAGAUUUUAAUGGGAAAAAGCAGAUGCCGGAAAUAAAAUCAACCCUGCGGAAGCGACUGAUCUUCCAGGUGCCAACGCUAGACAAUUAACCAAAGCAAUAAGAAGUCUGGGAUACACUAAAUUAGGAGCUACUUUUUGGGAUGGAUUCAACUUGCAGUUCCAAAAGACAAAUGGACUGGAUUUGUUCAGUUAGGUCCCAGUCCUGCAAGGUACUGAGGGCCCUCAACUCUCAGAUCUCCAUCUCUGCAAUGGCUCAGCGUCCUGAUUUCCAGAUCUGCAGCUGUCCGAGUCACCAAAUGGCCUGACUAUGUACGUGACUGACCUGCAUCUGUCUACUUUAGUAGGAGUUGAGAGUGCUCAGCACCUUCUAGCAUUGAUCCCUUGGUCCUGAUUUCAAAUGAAGAUGCACUCUGCAAAAUCUUGAUUCCCAAACAAUGGGGAAUUGUACAGUUUCCAUUUGUCAAUGUUAUUCAGAGAUGAUAAGGCCAAAAGGGACCAUUGUGAUCAUCAGGGAUCCUAUUUUUCUGUGAUAAGAAAAUCCCCAAAAUUCUCCAGUAAAAAAACAUAAAAAUCUGUAUUUUUCCACAAUUAAAAUUAAAAGCUGAAUUUUAGUUUCUCUAGCCACAAUAUGUAUAGGUAUCAGUUCAACGCAAUGGUUUAUUGAUAUAUUUAUAAUUUUUUAAGCAAGUUCAAAGCCUACCUGUGCCAUUGUGGGGGAGGGAGGAUAGCUCAGUGGUUUGGGCAAUUGGCCUACUAAACCCAGGGUUGUGAGGUCAAUCCUUGAGGGGGCCAUUUAGGGAUCUGGGGCAAAAAUCUGCAUGGGGAUUGGUCCUGCCUUGAGCAGGGGGUUGGACUAGAUAACUUCCUGAGGUCCCUUCCAACCCUGAUACUCUAUGAUCAAACAAUAAAGUAAAAUUAAUAGAAUUGCAAUUUGUAUUUUUUACCCAUACCAAAUAUUUGUCUGUAUUCUAUAUUUUCAAAAAAUUUUGGUUUUUUUAAAUGCAUAAACACUUGAAUGAUACAGUCACAGUGAAUUGUUUCUUUACUGUUGCUGGUCCUGCGAGUUCAGCCUCUUUUUUUUCAUUUCUUUUCAUUCAGUUUGUUUAACACUUUCCAUGUGCUCUACAACUGUCUGCCUUUGAAUGUAAUCUAUAGCCUUGCUGCAUACA